AUGUCUGAAGUGGUGCCACAUGAGUUCAUGGAUCUCCAUACGGGCGAAAAAAGCUAUACUGCCCUCCAUGCGGCGAUGGUCGAUUUGGUGAUGUCUGUGCGAACAAUCAGGCAGACCUCGUUGCUACUCUAUCUCAAAAAAGCGCUUGUCACGCUCUACAUCGACCAGGAACAAGAUCCGUCGACUAUCGAGAGUCUUCGAUCACUAGUACAGUCAGACGAUCCAUUGCCCGAUGUGGAUCUAAGCAUAUUGUCAACGAUUUUGACAAGCAUCAAUACGCGUUUGGAGCCGUUAGAUAUGGAGAUUGCAGAAUCCAAGGACAUGGACGACUCUUCGGUAAACAUCUUUUCCUUUGUUAACAAGAAGCCGACGGGAGCAAUUCGGCUGUCAACGAAGUACUCCCAGAAUGAUGUGCAACUAGUGAAACAGGUAAUAGAAAGAAUUUUUGCUUCGGAGUACGUGAACAGUGCAUCAGCUACAGACGAGGAAGGCACGGUGCAUCCUCGAAUAACCUUCUCGGUUCCGUGCAUGAAGAUGAUAAAAUAUCUGAGGGAUGGGCCGAGGCAACUAGAUGACGACGAUGCGCCGGUAAUCAAUCGUUUCACAUUGGAAGAGGCUGAUCUCUUUCUCAAAGAUUUGGAAUGUUACGGCUGGUUGGAACGCAAUCUUAACAACUAUACCUUGGCUCCCAGAGGCCUUGUCGAGCUCAAAAAGUAUUUAAUAGACACAUAUGGGAAGUGCCCGGAAGGCACAGUUAGCGUGUGCUACGGAUGUGGCGAUAUUUUAACAAGAGGAAUAGCGUGCUCGAACGCUUCUUGCCACGUCCACUUCCACCGCUAUUGCUGUGAACUAGUGCAAAAGUCGAGAGAUGAUAACUCUUGCCCCAACGAUGGGUGCUCAGAAACGUUCGAAUCAUUCUACUCUUUUUAG